GGGGCCAGGGGCCGUCUCUCCCCGCGGCGAGUGGUCGGAGCCUUCCUCCCUCUCCUUCCCUUCCCCGUCCCCUCCCAGGAACGGCCGGGACGCGGCGCCGGGGCUGUCCCGUGGCCGCGGCGGCCUCCGCUCCCGCCGGGCUGCGGUACGGAGAGGCCGGCCGCUUCCAGGGCGAGUGCUCCUGAUUGUGACAUCACAUCCAUCCCUUGGUGAUGGAGCUUAUCACUGAGAAGGAAGCUUCAGUUGGAGAAUAGCCAACAAGAUGGACUCCUGGGGGUGUCUCCUGAGUGGCACUGAGCGGAGGCGUCAGGGGGUUGGAGCCUUGUGAACAGGGAGCCUGUCCCCCAACACUUGGAAGGGCCUGGGUUUCAGUGAUGAGACAUGGGGUAUGAUGUAACCCGCUUCCAGGGGGAUGUUGACGAAGAUCUUAUCUGUCCUAUUUGCAGUGGAGUCUUGGAGGAGCCAGUCCAGGCACCUCACUGUGAGCAUGCUUUCUGCAAUGCCUGCAUCACCCAGUGGUUCUCUCAGCAGCAGACAUGCCCGGUGGACCGCAGCGUAGUGACGGUCGCCCACCUGCGCCCAGUGCCUCGGAUCAUGCGGAACAUGUUGUCAAAGCUGCAGAUCGCCUGCGACAACGCUGUGUUUGGCUGUAGUGCUGUUGUUCGGCUUGACAACCUCAUGUCUCACCUCAGUGACUGUGAGCACAACCCGAAACGGCCUGUGACCUGUGAACAGGGCUGCGGCCUGGAGAUGCCCAAAGAUGAGCUGCCAAACCACAACUGCGUGAAGCACCUGCGCUCGGUGGUGCAGCAGCAGCAGACACGCAUCGCAGAGCUGGAGAAGUCCUCGGCUGAACACAAGCACCAGCUGUCAGAGCAGAAGCGAGACAUCCAGCUGCUGAAGGCAUACAUGCGUGCACUCCGCAGUGUCAACCCCAACCUUCAGAACCUGGAGGAGACAAUUGAAUACAAUGAGAUCCUAGAGUGGGUGAACUCGCUGCAGCCAGCAAGAGUGACCCGCUGGGGAGGGAUGAUCUCCACCCCAGACGCCGUCCUCCAGGCUGUAAUCAAGCGCUCCCUGGUGGAGAGCGGCUGUCCUGCCUCGAUUGUCGGCGAGCUGAUAGAAAACGCCCAUGAGCGGAGCUGGCCCCAGGGCCUGGCCACUCUAGAGACGCGGCAGAUGAACCGGCGGUACUAUGAGAACUACGUGGCCAAGCGCAUCCCUGGCAAGCAGGCUGUCGUCGUGAUGGCCUGUGAGAACCAGCACAUGGGCGACGACAUGGUGCAGGAGCCCGGGCUCGUCAUGAUAUUUGCCCACGGCGUGGAAGAGAUCUAGGUCCCGCGGGCUGCCGGGAAGAGGUGGAAAUCAGAAAACCUCAUCACUCUAGUAGCUGAGCCCCGAGUCCUCCCCACUGUCCUUCAUCUUGUGGCUUAUACUUGGCCACCUUCUCCCUGCUCUUCUGGCACUGAAGGGCCCUGGAACACUUUGCUCAGCCUUCUAGGUGGGAAACCCAGAUUCCCUUCUUUUGCCUAAUUCCUUCCCCUAAGAUGCCUGUAAAUUUCCAGUCUGGUUGGGAAAGCCCCCAUUCUAUAUCUGUUUUCCUGCCUAGGAUCCCUGGUUCCAGAUACUUUUAGAAAGCACAAAGUUACUCAUUUUCUCUUGAAGGAUCAGGGUGGAGUAAGAAAUCUUGAAUCAUUCCCCUCCUUCAAACCAGGGAAUCUGAGCAGGCAGGCCUUUUGACUCUCAACACUUAGCGGGCAGCUCUGGGGAGCAGACAUCCUGAAGACAUAGUAAGGGUGGAACCCAAACCCUAGAAGUAAUGAGCCAGUAACUGGCCGUCAUUCAUGGCCCUUAGGGGAAGACUGGAACUCUGUGCCAAGCAAUACCUUGUUUAGCCCAUCGUAAGGGCGCAGGCUCCCAUCGGUGUGCAGGAGUGCAGGUUGGGAUGCCGAACAUUUCCAGAGGAACUCUUUCCUGGACUUCCUCCCAAUUAAGGAAUGACAGGAGAGGGCGUCGGGGGCUAGUCUCUCGGGGUGAAUGUGCUCCGCAGGAAGCAGCUCUCUGGCAGUGGCUGAGAUCAGGUAGGAACUGCCUCAGUGGCACAGGCCAUCACAGUCCCCCAGCCCCUCUCCAGCCCUGUGAUUGUAACUAGUCAUUUUGAUAAUUCCCUUUGGCCAUUGUUGUGUGUUUAUAUUUCAUUCCCUCCCACAUUUUUUUUUUUUUUAGAACGGCCUACUUAUGGCUACCCCACUUCUCCAGCCCAGCCACAUUGUUGGCAAUUUAAUUUAUUUACUUUUUUUUUUUUAAAGAAAGGAAAAAGAAAAAAAUGAACAAAACUUAAAAUUUUUUCUUUCAUUGUUCCUACGGUGGGGAUUCUGAAUAGGGUGGGACAGGGGUGGGGUCUGUUUUAUAUUUUUCCUUUUCAGCACAACCUUUGGCUUUAAUGUAGGAAGGGCCAAGGGAGUCCUUGGCUGAAUUUACGUCCGCCCCAGCCCUCCAUAACCCACUCUGGGAUGAGAGUGGGCUUUCUCCAGGGGCGGGUGUGUAGUCCGCACUGAUGCCUGAGCCCCGGGGAACUGCCCCCGGCCCUCCCAGGGUCCCAUCAUAAAACUUUGGAUGUAGAGGAUUAAUUUUGAAGAAACCACCCCAUUUCCUUGGAGAUGUAUAGCUGGGUUCUAAGCUUCACCAGGCAAGAUGGGACAGAAAUUAUGUCUUGGUCUCUGAGUACAGUCCUCUCACCGGCUCCAUUUCAGGCUGCCCAGGCAUUCCUUGACCCACUAGGGUGAGUGCAGAGUGAGAGAAGGGGAGGGAUAGCAGGUGUGAGUAUUUUAAUAUGUAGGUGGGAGUGGGGUUGAAAGAAGGCCAUCUAACAUCUCCUCUUUGGGAGUGUUAGCCCAGGCCAGCUUGCUGUAGGUCUGGGUAGUUGGUCCUGGCUCCACUGGGAUUGGAUUGGAGGGAUACAGCUUGCAGGGAAUAGGGGACAGUCACAUGUUCCAGCUCCAGGACAUUGUGCUCAGGAAUUUGAAAACGCUGCUAUACUUAAUCUGGUUACUACAUUUCUUCCACUCCCCGCUGCCCUGCCAGCCUUCCCGAGGCCCCUCCCACCCGUCGCCACCCUCAGAUGGAGCCAGGAAGCUCAGUCCAGGCUUCCCCACCCUUUGCACUAGUGUGUCUGCAGGUUGCUGGUUGUGUUCUAUGUGCUGUUCCGUAGUGUUGGCUGCACUAAUAAUAAACCUUUCACUCAACUCUAAA